AUGCCACAUUAACAUUGUCGUCAAAAUGACUUUCCGAGGAGCUGUGUUUGUCGCCUGUAUUUUAGGACAUUUUUACUUAAUUUCAGGUGUUACUGCUCUGAGGCCCAAGAUCUCGGUGGUCGAUAAGGCUGUUGUUGCACGAAAAGGUUCCACAGUAACCUUGAUGUGCUCUGCCACGAGGGUUAGAAAACUUACAACCUCAAGCUCUUGGGAAUUCAACGGACAAGAAAUAAAGAACAGAAACAACAAAAUAAUAAUACCAGAGCCACACUAUCAGACAAAUAAAAGAAAAGGAAACUUUACUUUAACCAUCAAGAAUGUUUCGGACACAGAUGUUGGUACAUACACCUGCAAAGUCUCCAAAAUACACCUUGACAGGAUGCUUGAGGCAAAGGAGAAUAUAGAGCUGUCACUUCAGGAUGAAGCUGUCUCUGUAAUCCUGCCAGUCGUUAAGGCACUUCGCUCCUACGUAGUGACCAGCGAGGGUUCCAAUGUUACUUUGACGUGUAUUGGUCGGAGGGUGAAAGCGCUCGAUACCAUGGUUAAAUGGAAGUUCGAAGGCCAGGAAAUCGAAGAAAGCUCAAACAAGAUAGCCAUUGCCCAAUUCCUCCCAAAGAAACGAGGGAAUUUUUCGUUACAUAUAACUAAUGUCUCGAAGGAAGAUAUCGGUAAUUAUUCGUGUGUCGCAUCUACGGCCGACUUUGGAAAGGCGAUCGUCAAAGAAACUUUUAUUCACUUGAAUUUAUUUAAAACUGUGUCGUGGCCCAGAGGAACUUAUGCUUUGCCAAUGCCAAAUAGUGGCUGCCCAAUUACAAGUGAGUUCACUUGGUCAGCGGGUUAUCAUCGGCAAGACACAGAGGAAACAGGUCCACGAAGUAGUUGGUCCAGUCCACUUCACUUGAAAGGAGAUAAGACUCCCACCCAGAUUACUCAGCAUUUCUGUGUAAAGACAAUUGAAACUGGGGGAAGACUUUGGCCAUCAGGGCAAUAUUGUAUAUACAGAAAGGGAACGUGCCCAGGCGGAUUUCAAGAAGGAGAGAUCAAAUGGGACGACGAGGACACGAAAAACGACAACAUGGCUGAAGGCAUUUUACCUGACGGUGAAUACAAAAAGGAUACUAUUUUGCAGUUCUGCUGUCGAUCAGAUGGGUCAGCGGAAAACCCUAUUGAGCUGCCUAUUCGCGAGCCGUUUUUCCUCCUUAAGCACUCAAGCCGUUGCCAGGCAGUUUUGGGCAUGCGUGUCACAGAAGAGUGGUUAUUCUGGGACUGUGAAGACCGAGAAAACAAAAACUCGUACAAUGGAGAGGUACCAGCGUCUUUUAUUACGAAGGACGUCAAACUACAUUACUGCUACUACGAAAAACAAUGAAAAAAAGGCAUCCGUUGCUCUUUGGGAAUGAAAUCUUCAUCUUAAGGGUCGGCUAACUUGCUGAAUUUUCAUUGAUAUAUUUUUGUUGCACUUUCAUACACUCAAACAUUCAGGUAACAAAAGCUACAUUAAUUGUCUAAGAGGCUCUCCUUUUUUCGGCGCUUGGAUCAGAUGGGUAUUUAAAGUAAUUCUCUAGUUUCGGCGAUCGUGUUUCGUUGCUCUUUUUUCACCCAAUGCAGAUUAAUCUAUGAUUAACAUAGAAGGUUAUACUUGCACUGUCAGCACACUAAUCGAUGUGUCGCAAAUAGCAAAGAUUGCACAAAUUGCGUGUAUAGACUGGAUAACUACAGAUUAAUGCUGAGAUUUGUGGGAGAUAAUUUUAAAAAUUAAAUUUUAAGAAAUUUUAAACACAUUUAUUUUAAAUCAUUUUUAUUUGUUUUACU